AUGAAAUCGCUUACAACAAGUAUUUUUGUUAUUCUUACAUUAACGAUAUUGGGAGUUAAUUCAUCAGGAUUAACAAACUCUGCGCGAUUAAGUUCAGCAGGAUUAGCCGCUGGUUCACGUGGUCUCAGCAAUGUAGCCCAAUCUGCUGUGGCGGCAGCAGCCACUUCAAUUGUUGGUACCCUUGAUGUUGCCGCACCUGCUCUUGCGAGCGCUAUCAGCGCAGCUUGCGCGAAAGCUACAGCUGAUGUACAAGCUGCUGCAACCAAAGAAAAAGCUGCAAUUGAUGCUGCAUUAGCGGCAAUGAAAGGUGGUUUUUUACAAAUUGAAGGAUGUAUAGAAAUUAGUGUAAAUGCAGCUGAAGCAGCUAAAGCGUUAACAUCGAGUGUUAAAACAAGAUUAGUUUCUGCAAUUGAUGGGGGUGCAGAAAAAAUUCAAGGAGAUGUAGCAGCUGGCGUUGCAAGUCUAAAUGUUGCCUUACAAGCAGCGAAAGAAAAAACUAUUGCUGAUGCACUUGAAGGUGCUGAAGCAAAACGAGCUGCUAUCCAAGAAGCUGUACAAUCUUUAGUAAUGAAUAUGAGACGUGAAGCAUUUGAUGGUAUUGGAUACAACGCAAUAGUUGCUGAUGGUGCAGCCAUAAAUGAUGUACUUGCUAGCCGUGCAACUGUAAUGGGGAGUAACUUAAGAGCUGGUCGGAGAAUAGCUGGUGUUCAAGCAUUACCACUUGCAGGACUUGGUGCAUCAAUGGGAAUGGCAUCCCAUGCUAUACCUUAAAGCGAUUUUUUUUAAAUAAUUUAUG